AUGUCGUCCAAAGACGAACCUUCACCCUCUUCCUCUCCCGCACCAACCAAACGCGGCCCUUGGGACGAGAAGACGAGUGAGAAGUUUGAGGGUAAAAGCUUCUCAAAGUUCUUCGACCCGUGUCAGGAAGCCGCAGACAGGAGUCUGAAGUGCUUGCACCGGAACGGCGGGGAUCGGGACAUGUGUACUGAUUACUUCCAGGCAUAUCGAGAUUGCAAAAAGCAAUGGGUAAGUCGUGGAAUCUUUCCUCCAUGGGCU